AUCCUUUCAUUUCUUGUUCAUCAGCUCUAAGGGAUUGAUUCCGCUCUUGUCCGAGCUUUCUUCUUCUAAAACGCACGACUCGUCGACAACAUGGGAGAGAUAGAUCCCUUGAUUCUCUCGUAUUCGCACUUGGUGAAUUUCCCGCGCGAGAAGGAGGCGCUGCAGACCCUGAAGAAGGUGUCCUCCCUCGUGAAGCCGAUCAUGAGGGCGCGAGGCUGGAGGGUUAACCAGCUGACCGAGUUCUACCCCGACCAACCGAAUCUACUAGGCCUGAACGUCGGCGGCGGACAGAAGAUCUGCCUGCGACUCCGGUACGCGAGCGACUCGAGCCUGUUCAUGUCCACGGAGGCGGUGCUCGACACGAUGCUCCACGAGCUCGCGCACAUCGUCCACGGGCCGCACGACGACAAGUUCCACGCGCUGUGGAACCAGCUGCGCGACGAGCAGGACGCGCUCGUGCGCAAGGGGUACACGGGCGAGGGGUUCCUGUCGGCGGGCCGGCGGCUGGGCGGGCAGCGGAUCCCGCGGCACGAGGCGCGGCGGCUGGCGCGGGCGGCGGCGGAGGAGCAGCAGCAGCAGCAGCGACAGAAGAAGAAGCAGAGCGCGGGGCCGGGCCAGCGGCUGGGCGGCGCGGCGCCGCGGCCGGAGCAGGACAUCCGGCGGGUGAUCGCGGCGGCGGCGGAGCGGCGGCGCGCGACGCUGCGCGGGUGCGGGAACGGCGGGGGGACGGAGGCGGAGCGGCGGCGGCUGGCGGAGGCGGCGACGCGCGGCGGGCGCCGGACGCGCGCCGACGACGACACGGCGAACGACGCGGCGAUCGCCCAGGCGCUGUGGGAGCUCGUGCAGGAGGAGGAGCGCGAGCGCCUCGGCGACGCGUACGUGCCGCCGCGCGCGGGGCGGUUCUGGGAGGAGCAGGGGCAGGAGCAGCAGGAGGAGGCGGCGGCGGCGGAGAGGAGCGGUGGUGGUGGCGGUGGUGGGACGCAGAUCCGGGGCGCGCCCCCCGAGAGCCGGACCCCCCCCGCCUGGGCCUGCCCCGUCUGCACGCUCGAGAACCCGGCGGCGCUCCCGCGCUGCGACGCCUGCGAGUCGCCGCGCCCCGAGCGCGCGAGGCGCCCGCCGCCCGUGAUCGACCUCACGCGGUCGCCGCCUCGCGCACCCUCGCGCACGACGGGGGCGGGGGCAGGGGCUGGGGCGACGCGGCCGGCGACGUGGACGUGCGCGGCCUGCGGGCGCGUCCGCGCCAGGGAGUGGUGGUCGUGCGACCGCUGCGGCGCGAUCAAGACCUCGUCGAGGUGAAGACGGGGACGCGGCGGGCCGGCGUGAGGUUGCGUCCCGGUACGCGGUAUGCAGAGUGUGCGGGUACCUACGUUCGCGGCGUCGUCCGGGCGGCUGGCUUGGCGGGCGGGGGGGUGUCUGAUGACGAGAAUGACUUGGGUGCGAUGCUUUUCCGUUACUCGGUGCUGUCUCUCUGCCCUUAGGUGAGCGGGGCCGUAGGGGAGGGCCCGGCGCGGUGCGGAGCGGACGCACGGUGCGCGCUAGCCGCCGGGCGAGUAAGUCUAGUAGUUACUAUGAGUAAGCGCAAAUAAACUACCUACUGUUCCCUCUCUCUCUCCGGAAUGAUGUCCCCUCGACGUAAGCCUGCGUAUACGGACGCGUACGCCGCUCUUUCUCCCUUGAUACCUACCAUGGGAUCAGUCUACCUACGCUAAGGUGGGAGGAGGGCUGGGGAGGGCCUCCUUCGCCCCCCUUCACCCCCCCCGGGGCCGUUACGUCGACUUACUCAUACCUGCAUGUGUUGUCGAGCACCUGACUUCCUAGUUCGCGGGCCUAGCAGGGGGGGGGUCGCUGUAAAGGUUCGGCCGCGACGGCUUCACCGGCUGCUAGCAGGCCCUUUUAACGCCUGCAGGUGACGGCAGGGCGCUGCGGCUGCUGAGCUUGUCGCUGGCUAUUUCGCUCUGCGGGCCCGACUAGGGAUGUAUGCUACGAACGUAUGCCAUGAGUGCCUACUGUGAAC